AUGAAGUUACAAGAGAUUAUGGAUCCAAAAUCUUCAACACUUAGAGAACCACAAGUGAAGAUCAAGACAAAAGAGCGUCCGAGUAAUUUUGACAAGUCUACUCGUAGAUUGCCUUCAGCCUUUGAGCUUGUCGAAUCCAAUUGUAAUAGGAAUUCUCGGACAUUGUCCAACGGUGUAGUCUAUAUGAAACCUCCACCAAAAAAGCGAAAGAAACAAGCACCCCCAUUAACAGUGAACCGUGAUACUCAUUCAUCAGCACUCGAAAUUGUAAAUGCUGAAACUACAUUGCCUAAGAAGCGACCACCAAAACUACCAGUGCAUAAGCAACAAAUUGUCAAUCUCGAAGACUUGACACAACAAUAUAAUGACAAACUUCCAGUUGCUAUAAGGCCAUUUAUUAUGGGGGCCAAAGAUGUAAAAUCUGAUGGCAAUUGUGGCUUUAGAGCCAUUGCUAGGUUGCUAGGUUACAGGGAGAAUUCUUGGCGUAAAGUAAGGAGGGAGUUACUGAAUGAGUUGAAAAAUGAUGAAUUUCUUUAUGAAUUCAUCUUUCAGAGUGUUGAAAAAAGUCAUCCUUUGUCUGAAUAUCAAUGUCGGGAAAUUUCCAUCGGAUUGGUUGAAAAAUACUUUGUGCAGCUACACUUGCAACCACACCAUCCUAUGCCACCUAUUAUCAAUUGUUGGCUUGAUAUUUCCAACCUCAAAGCAUUGGAUUGGUAUAGUCCAUAUCGAGAUCGCAUUGACAAUUGGAAAGAGCUUAUCGGUUCAUUUGAUGUACAUCUUGAUGUAUAUUGA